UUGAAUUUUUAAAACAACAAUCACCAUAUACAAUGUUAAAACAAAGCUAACGCAAUAGAUGGCAUAGUUGUUUACGUUUUUGUUUUGAAAUUCGAAAAUGUUUUCACCAUUUCGAUCAACGUGUUUGGCAAAAAUUCAAACAGAUAAUGGUCGCUGUUCACGAUUUGAAUAUGCUGUUGCCAAUUGUCAAGGUUGGCGACGAACACAAGAAGAUGCUCAUCUAGCUAUUGCUGAUCUUGAACGAAAUACAUCCAUAUUUGCCGUUUUUGAUGGACAUAAUGGACCUGAAAUUGCUAAAUUUGUUGCAGAAUAUCUGCCAAAACAUUUGUUAAGGAAUCGAAAUUAUCGCCAUGGUAAUAUUGAACGUGGUAUACAGGAAUCAUUCAUGGCAUUAGACGAACUAUUGAUCACUAAAGAGGCGAAUGAAUUAUUAGUAGGACAAUAUCGUGAUCGACGACCAAUGAUACCACAUCUUGGUAUGGAUGAACCAUUGGGUUAUUUUGUUGGUUGUACUGCCGUCGUAUUGUUGGUUAAAAAUGACAUCUAUUAUUGUGCUAAUAUUGGUGAUUCAAGAUGUUUGGUUGGAAGACCAAACGGUGGUCGUCUAACAGCUCAUCAACUAUCAUUUGAUCAUAAACCAACAGUACAGGAAGAACGAACACGUGUAGAACAUGCUGGUGGUACUAUUAUCAAUGGUCGAAUUAAUGGUGGUAUCGAUAUAUCCAGAGCAUUUGGUGAUCAUAAUUAUAAACUAAAUAAACGAUUGAAUAGAAAACAACAGAUGAUUAUUGCAUGGCCACAUACGGCUGUUGAAAAAAUCAAUGCUGAUGAUCGUUUUAUUGUAUUAAUAUGUGAUGGAAUAUGGAAUGCUAUUAGCAAUCAAGAUUUAAUUGAAUAUAUUGAUAAAUGUAUGAAUGAAGAAAUGCCAUUAACUCGUAUUUGUGAAUCAGUUAUACAGCGGAUAUUACCGGUAAAUUCAAUGCCUAAACAAGGUAUUGCCGGUAAAGAUAAUAUGACCAUAAUGAUUAUAAAGAAAUUACCAUUAAAUUUUGUAACAUUAGAAUCUAUGCAGCAACAAUCAUCGUUAUCAAAUCUUUCAUCAAGUAGUCGUCGUGGUGGUGGCGUACCAUCAACUUCAUCAUCAUAUAAUUCACCGACUUCGAAAAUAAUUUUCAGCCAGGAUAUGGUUCGUCGUCUUUGAUUUUUGGAAGAAAAAAGAAACAACCACCACCUACAAUCAAUACACUCUCAAAGACAACAAUUAAUAUGUGUAAUCCAUUUAUUCAUCAACAACAACAACAACA